GUUUCCCUUUUCUUGGCACUGCUGACUGGUGUUGAUGCCUAGAGUCAAAAAAGAGAGAGCCAAGGCUCCAUCUUCUUUGCCACUGAUGCCUCCUUUUCCUUCCCACAAAUGAUUUUAUAUUGCUUAAUGGGGUGAUGUCGAUUGCCCUCGUUUUUGGGAAACGUUAAUUGCUAUGAAUUCCUUUCUUUUGCUUACAAUCUACUUCGCUUCUAGCUUACAAUCUACUUCGCUUCUAGCUUGGUCUACCGCUCUCUCCUCUUUCUCUCUCUCUCUCUCUCUCUCUCUCUCUCUCUCUGUUUUUUCUUUAACCGCGUUAAUUACCAUUGUGAUUAUCUUAAGUUCAUCUUCAUCGGGAUUGGAGGGGCCUCGUAUUCUCUGGGAUUUCCUCGUACUCGUGCGUUCUCUCAACUCCAAGUGAGUUCUAAAAGUAACAAUGGGUGGUGAAAACAACUGAAGCCAUGGCGUCUGAUGUUCCGUCAAAGCAUGAAGUCUUCCCUCCAAACAGGGAUAGGAGAUCCAACUCACUGGUCAGAAAGAGUCUAAAGCCGCACCAGAACUCCAAGAAAGUGAACGAGAGCAUCAGGAAACCACAACGGUCCGAAAGGAUCGGAUAUCCAGACAAAUCGAGGCUACAAAAUUGUCAGGGUGAACCAACCUUAAAGCAUGGUUAUUCAGGGGAAAAGUAUGUGAAUGCCCGUGUUGUCCAGCUGAAAUCCUCUACAGAUCAACAGAGACAGUGCACUAGCGGGGAGAUUGUUAAAGAUGAUGAGCUUGCCAGGCACAUGACCAAUUUGCCUGAUUAUCUCCUUCGUGUCGAUACCAGAGGAAACCUCCAGGGGAAAGCUCUGAACUUUGGAGUCCUGGACUGGAGUCGUCUAGAGAAUUUCACUCGCAACUGUAACACCGGAACUCAUAAUCAUCAAACUGAAAAGCGCGCAUCUCUUGGUCCUAGCCCCAGUUAUUGCAAGAUGGAUGGGAUUUCUCGACGUGUCAAGCCCAGUGCCAGCAAAGUGGUGCGUUCUCAAGAUGUUGAAAGUGCUUCUAAGAGUUUUUUGGAGGGGCAUGAAAAGAUAAAUAGGGCUUACAGAUCUUCGACAAAAAAGUGCACAGACGUUGCGCUCCAAAAGGACAACAUAAACUCAUUGAAUCAGAGAAUUGUAUCAGAGUUAGGUGGUUCGUUGGACUUUCGAAACUCUAUGUUUUCGGUAAGUCCUAGUAAGAGCAACAGGACAGUUUCCCGUGGCGAAGGGAAUACCAGAGUGGGGAAAGUGGCUGAAUCAGGCACCAGAGGAAAUAAUAGAGAACAGAAAUGCAUGUCAGUGGCUGGAUCUUCAUCAUCAAAGCUGGGUAUUGAUGCCAGAUCAAUCAGUUUAAAGGAGACGGUUACUGCCGAGAAUGACAAGACUAAGAAAAAAGUUGAAAAGUCAUUAAAUAGAGAAACCUUCAAUAAACAAUCUUCGUGGAAUAAAGCAACCAUAGCUCUACUUUCUACCGGUAAACGUCCACAUAAUAGCUCAAUGGAUGCAUCCCAGAAAAGUGACACCAGCAAAUUGUUUGAUCGGAGUUUGACAGAUGCAACUCGCAAUUAUUUCUCAGAUGUGUUAUUUUUCAGGGAGCUCCGCUCAAGAGAACUAUGCUCAGAAUUACCACACUCAUGUCCAGUGUUGUUGAAAGUUGAUGCUCAGAGAGAGACUGCUAGGAGAGGUUCAGAGCUUGAAUUUGACGAGUCUUUGUCAUGCAGCAGCAGGUCGGGGGAUGAGCUGUCUAGCAGUAAUAUUUCUAAUAUGAGAAAGUCAAAUGAUAGUGACAAGACUAGAAAUUCAAGCAUAGGGGAGGGUAUGGGAAGUCUAAAUCGUGAAGCUGUUGACUCAGCUGGCAAGAAAAGUAGGCAUCCAUCACCCAACCAGCGGUUCAACUUCAGUUUCGGUAGGAUAAGCAGAAGUUUCAGUUUCAGAGAAAGUGCUUCUGCUCCUCUCCGAAGUUCAGCAUCUGUGACUGAUAGAUCUGGUCCGAUGGCUUCAGGGGAUUUUCCUUGCAGUGGCAAUCUCACUAAAGAGAAGCCCGACAUUGCUAGCAAAGGGAGGUCCGGCAUUAGAAGAUUACUAGACCCACUUCUAAAGUCCAAGUCAGCAACUUCAUACCAUCGUUCUGAAAGCAUUCAGCAAUCAGAACAGAGCUUAACUUCCCUGAGCUUGAGCCAUGAAUAUUCCACUGAAUCACUUCAAAUUGGUAACCAUGUUGCAUCAACAUUUGAAGCUCUUCUCCAAGUUACUAGUGUUGACGGACUCCCCUUAUUCAAAUUUGUGGUCGGUAAGAACAGCCACAUUGUUGCUGCUGCCACCAAAGAUGCGACAUUUUCUGGAAAGAGCAAUUGUGCGAGGAAUUACACAAUCUAUUCUGUGGAUGAAACGAUAAAGAAGAGCGACAGCUGGAUUGGACAAGGAAGUAAGAUGAGAAGUGGCGGCUUUGUGUACAAUGUAGUUGGUCAGUUGACGUGUCGUGAUGCUUGUUCAGACGACUGCAAUGAGCGGACUGUCGAGAGGGAAUAUGUUUUAUUGGGACUCGGAUUGAGUCGAGCUGACAAGGAAUUACUGGAUCCACCAAUGAACAGGGAACUUGCCGCCAUCAUAUUCAAGAUUCCUAUGGACAGGCCUAGCAAUUGCAAAGUACAGGCAACUAGUCAUAAAUUUUUAAGAGUGGAUUUGCAAGGAGAAAAUUGCUUUUCCAAACUUACAAAUGAAGAUAACAAUCAUCUAAUGGUCAUACUUCCAGGGGGUGAUCAUAGUAUGCCGAGCAAUGGAGAACCUUCGUCAUUGAUCGAUAGAUGGAGAACUGGUGGGUCAUGUGAUUGUGGAGGUUGGGAUGUAGGUUGCAAAUUGUGCAUUCUUUCUCCCCCAAAGGACUUCUGGGAAACAUCAAGAACAUCAAGUGUUUGCUCAAUGUCGGAUCACCUUGAACUUUUUGUUCAGGGAGAAGCUCAACAAGAGAAGGCCAUUUUCAGCUUGAAACUAUAUAGUACGGGAAUCUACCUGGUCGAAUUCAAUCCUACAAUCUCGUCAUUACAAGCAUUUGCCAUUUGCUUAGCUGUAAUAAGCUGCCAGAUGUCUUCUGAGCCCUCUGAUUGGCGUCAACUGUCCAAAUCUAGAACUUUGCAGGGACAUUCAGUCAGCGGAAAUGAUGUGAAUCUGCCAAACAUGACGCCGCAUUUUGAAGUUCCCCCAAAAUAUCCUCCAUAUUUCCCAUUCUCACCACUUGAUAGAGUUUAAUCCCAGGCAGGGGUGGAUUGAUUUUUCAUCCAGAUGUUUAAAAUCCUUGACUUCCAAGAGGAUUGCCAGCGAAGUCCGGAAGCGUAUUUCUCAUGGUAGGACUUGGACAUUGCAACGAAUUACGAGCCCUUCAAAGGGGUUUAGUUCGAUGGCAGAUGACGCAGGUUGUUAUGUGUCUUGUAUUUUACUAGCUGCUGUACCAGAACAAAGAAAAUAAUGUUUGCAUUAUGAAAAACCUGAAUAGUUCUGUCCGACCUCUUUCACUGGGGCAAACCAGGUGAAAUUAACAGUAUGCAAACUUGUUUUCCUUGUACUGAGAAAUAAUGGCAUCUUAUCACUCAACUCUGAAGAUGUGGAUGAACGAUAGUUACAAUACAAUAUGAGGACUAUCGCUGCUAUUUUAUGAU